AUGAAUUCAACUUUCGAUCAGUCAACAUCGUUUAAAUUUUUCAUAUUUAACCUUUUCGAAAACAGAGAGCAUCCAGAGAAGUUUCCAGUAAGUUUAAGAGAACCAUCAAAAAUAAUCAUGAGCUGCCAAUCAAACUUAAAGUCCUCUCAAUCGUGCUGUUUUCCAAUUUGCAAGCCACAAUGCAUCAAACAUACAGCAUCGUGUAGCUGCACAUGCCGAAUAAUCCCGAAGAAAAUCAUCACACAUCAAGUUUGUGGACCAGAUGUUCCAUAUUGUGGACCAGCUCUUUGCACACCAGCUCAAUAUCUCUACUGGAGUAAUCGACCAAUCAUCACAUAUACAAGCACCGACGAGGUCAAAUACAGUUGGAACUUGAAAAGAAGAACCGCAAAUAUUCCCGACAUUAUGUUCGAAGAGAUGUAUGACAAGAAUGGAUGUCGAUACUUUUGAAAUUUUUUUUUGAUGAAUUAAAAAAAAUAAAGCCUGUGACUUCAUUGAUGAUCUCUUAAA